AUGAGUAGUCCAAAUGUCAAACUGGGUUAUUGUCGUACGGAGUCGUCGGAGAAGCUAUUCUUCUCCGUGUCAUGCUCUUUGAGUGCAGGGUUUGUGCCCUUCAGCCAGGAUCCGCACUAUAGCCAUAAGGGUUUUGUUAAGAGCCAGCAUGACACCCACAUUAAAAUAAACACUGCAUCCAUGAAUUAUACGGAGUCUUGA